AUGGGGGCGGAGGAGUACGGUCAAACGGGGGCGGAGGUGUACGAGCAAACGGGGGCGGAGGUGUACGAGCAAACGGGGGCGGAGGUGUACGAGCAAACGGGGGCGGAGGUGUACGAGCAAACGGGGGCGGAGGAGUACGAGCAAACGGGGGCAGAGGAGUACGAGCAAACGGGGGCGGAGGAGUACGAGCAAACGGGGGCGGAGGAGUACGAGCAAACGGGGGCGGAGGAGUACGAGCAAACGGGGGCGGAGGAGUACGAGCAAACGGGGGCGGAGGAGUACGAGCAAACGGGGGCGGAGGAGUACGAGCAAACGGGGGCGGAGGAGUACGAGCAAACGGGGGCGGAGGAGUACGAGCAAACGGGGGCGGAGGAGUACGAGCAAACGGGGGCGGAGGAGUACGAGCAAACGGGGGCGGAGGAGUACGAGCAAACGGGGGCGGAGGAGUACGAGCAAACGGGGGCGGAGGAGUACGAGCAAACGGGGGCGGAGGAGUACGAGCAAACGGGGGCGGAGGAGUACGAGCAAACGGGGGCGGAGGAGUACGAGCAAACGGGGGCGGAGGAGUACGAGCAAACGGGGGCGGAGGAGUACGAGCAAACGGGGGCGGAGGAGUACGAGCAAACGGGGGCGGAGGAGUACGAGCAAACGGGGGCGGAGGAGUACGAGCAAACGGGGGCGGAGGAGUACGAGCAAACGGGGGCGGAGGAGUACGAGCAAACGGGGGCGGAGGAGUACGAGCAAACGGGGGCGGAGGAGUACGAGCAAACGGGGGCGGAGGAGUACGAGCAAACGGGGGCGGAGGAGUACGAGCAAACGGGGGCGGAGGAGUACGAGCAAACGGGGGCGGAGGAGUACGAGCAAACGGGGGCGGAGGAGUACGAGCAAACGGGGGCGGAGGAGUACGAGCAAACGGGGGCGGAGGAGUACGAGCAAACGGGGGCGGAGGAGUACGAGCAAACGGGGGCGGAGGAGUACGAGCAAACGGGGGCGGAGGAGUACGAGCAAACGGGGGCGGAGGAGUACGAGCAAACGGGGGCGGAGGAGUACGAGCAAACGGGGGCGGAGGAGUACGAGCAAACGGGGGCGGAGGAGUACGAGCAAACGGGGGCGGAGGAGUACGAGCAAACGGGGGCGGAGGAGUACGAGCAAACGGGGGCGGAGGAGUACGAGCAAACGGGGGCGGAGGAGUACGAGCAAACGGGGGCGGAGGAGUACGAGCAAACGGGGGCGGAGGAGUACGAGCAAACGGGGGCGGAGGAGUACGAGCAAACGGGGGCGGAGGAGUACGAGCAAACGGGGGCGGAGGAGUACGAGCAAACGGGGGCGGAGGAGUACGAGCAAACGGGGGCGGAGGAGUACGAGCAAACGGGGGCGGAGGAGUACGAGCAAACGGGGGGCGGAGGAACAGAGCCGCUGGUGUACAAGCAGAUCUCGGACUCGAGCGGCUACCGGCUGAUGGUGUCUAUGCCUGUGGCGCAUCGCGACGACGGCACGUACGGCAUCCUGACGUAUGGCGUGCGCCCCGACCAGGAGUACACGCUGUCCACGUACUACGUCAACAACGUCACCUACUACAGCGUCCCGCCCGACAAGCUGCUGCCCAGCCUCCUGUGA